CGUUGAUCGUCGGGUGAAGCGGUCUCGGCAUGGAGACGGCGCUGAACGGGGACUCCGUGGGGCCCAUCGCGGUGCAUGAUUUCUGGGAGAAGAUUCUGGAGCAGCUCGAUCACUUCCAUGUGAUGAAGCUGAGAUGCGGGUUCUUCCUCUGGAUCAGGUCUGAGCCGGUUCUGUCCAGUCUGGCUCUCGCCGUCAGCAGCAAACAUGAUUCAGUGCCUCUGUCCGCUCUGGUUCUGGGUGAUCCGUCAGACACGACGCCAAGCUCUCUUGCACAGAGACUCACAAAGAAGACAAAGAAACAGGUAUUUGUAAGUUACAAUUUACCCGUGACGAACUCAAAUCUAGCGCUGCUGGUGGAGAACCGAAUCAAAAAGGAGAUGGAGCUUCAUCCCGACAGGUUUUAAACGUUGGCUGGUUUACCUGCCACUUAUUUGUACAUAGCUCAAUAAAUCUAAAGCAAAAAUUA